AUGGCGACCGUUCCAGUAAACCCUAAGCCGUUCCUAAACGAUCUCACGGGGAAGCAAGUCAUCGUAAAAUUGAAAUGGGGCAUGGAGUACAAAGUGGAUGUGCUGAUUGCCUUUCCCUCCGUCCUUCCCCUCCGUCCCCUCGUUCCGCGUGCUGGAAUGAUGCAACAACGUGCUGUACAUGAGAGGCGUGCCAGAGGACGACGAGAUCACAGAAGCGCAGGAGGAGGAGGAAGGCUGACAGCCACUCUGUAUGGCACUCUGCGGCUCCUCGUGUCCUUGUCUUCCAACCACACCCUCUCAACAUUCAAAUAUGCUGAAUUUUUCACUCCCCACCCCUUCACCAUGGCUUCUAUGAAGCUCCUCGCUCUUCUGAUCGCGAUUUCCGCGAUUUUGGUCGCCCUGCUUGCGCCCUCCGCUUAUGCGGAGUCCAGCGCCGUCGCCACUUCAGGAUCCGCGUCAGCUCUCGCCACCAGGCGCUUCUUGGGCGACGACCACGACGACGACGAUGAUGAUGACGAUCACCACGACCACGACGACGACGACGACGACGACGAUGAUGAUGACGACGACGACCACCAUCACCACCACGAGAAGAAGGAGAAGAAACCCAAGAAGAAGCUGACGUGCAUUGAGAAGUACAAGAUCAAAUACGCCAAGUGCGAGGAGAAGGAGGAGAAGUGCGAGGCGAAGGCGGCGAAUGCGGACGAGAAGGAGGUCUGCGAGGCGCAGUCGACGGUGUGCGAGCGCAAGGCGUACAAGUCGUUCAAGAACUGCAAGUAUGGCAAGUGGGGGUGCAAGGACUGGUGCCUGUACCGCCGCCGCCAGUGCCUCAAGUGGUACAAGGCGCCGAUGUGCGAGGAGAAGUACGAGAAGUUGCACUGUUCGCCUGUGCGUCGCGUGGAUACGUUGGCAGGCUCGAGUGGCCUGGGCUUUUCUAUGGGAGAAGGGUAG